AUGGAAGUGAGGGAGGCUGGAGACGGGGCUGCGGCGGGCGAGUGCGACCGGGAACCGCCCAAGAAGUACAGUUGGGCGGAAGUAAGACAAGCUGUGCAUGAUCUACGAAAGGAACUUUCAUCUCUUUCCACAAUGGUUCCUAUAGCCAUUUGUUUCCGAAGACUGGCUAAUGGAAAGACGAGGGUAUAUUUUUUAAGGACUCCGCAGAAUGGUUGGGAAAUUACGCUACUAUACACGGACGUUUUACCAACCAUACAGCCUAGUAAUGCCAGACUAGAUUGGAAGCCACUAAUCGAAUCGAACCUUGCUCUCGAUGUUUCCUCCGGUAAAUGGUCGAGGGAGGAGCAGUUGCUCUGGGAAAGGCAGAGGGUUGCAGCGUGGGGCAUAGCUUCGUACGAGUUGCAUCAGCAGAGUGGUCGAGUGCUUUUUCCAUGCGCUUCUUCGCUGUUCGUCGUUGAGGAAGGAAGGGGAGAGACACCGCCCCUAAUGCCCCGCUCACUUAACACUGGUGGUGGUGCGCCCCUGACGCCAGCGAUGUGCCCAACGACCGCCCGUCUCGUGGCCCACACCGCCCGGGGCGAUAUCUGGUUGGCCGGGGAUUGUUUGCGGCGUCCCGCGAGACUUACGUACGCGUGUCGCGGUCGUGAUGAGAGACUGUCUGAUGAUCCUCUUCAAGCCGGUCUACCAUGCUAUGUCACACAAGAGGAAUUUUCAAGAUACACCGGGUUCUGGUGGCAACCGAAAAGCGAUAGCGAUAUGUACCGGAUAGUUUAUGAAGAAGUAGAUGAGAGCGAAGUGAAAAUUUUCAGUUUCCCCUCCUCCAACUCUACUAAUGGGGACGUUGAGGAGUUUAGAUUCCCCCGUGCUGGCACGCCGAAUGCAAAGUCCGUUUUGAAGCUAGUAACAUUUCGACUCCAGAAGUCAUCACCAACAACGGUCCUGGAUUAUUACAACGAGAGCAACACUGAUAUGUCAUCGUCGUCUACUAGUGAUGGAAUGGAGGUGACGGACAUCCGAUGGUACGAAAUGAAGCAUCCAUUGAAGGAAACCUUUCCCUGGUUGGAGUAUCUGGCUAGGGUGGGCUGGACACCGUGCGGACAGUACGUGUGGGCUCAACUACUGGACCGGAAGCAGCAGCGUUUGGAAGUUGUUCUGAUCCCAUUGAACGAGUUCAGCGUUCGGACCGGAUAUGCGCAGGCGCCUCAAGCGAUGAACAUCAACGAACACAACGACGUCACUACCAGUCAAAUCCAAGUCUUGGUAAGGGAGACAGCACCGGACGCCUGGAUAAAUGUGCACGACAUAUUCUUUCCCCUGACUUCGUCUGGCGACACCUUCAAGUUCAUUUGGGCGUCCGAGGAGACGGGGCAUCUGCAUCUCUAUCUCUAUACCUGUAAUAUUCGUCCGGAGAGAGCUAAUAGUGUAGAAGAUAUGUUAUCAGACGACGAAUGCGCCGCUACCGGUCCGAACAUUGUUAACAAAGAAGCAAUUACCUCUGGGGAAUGGGAGAUCAUGGGCAGGAAGAUUUGGGUGGACGAGAGCCGCGGUCUAGUGUACUUCGUGGGUCUGAGGGAGACGCCUCUAGAACGACACCUGUACGUGGCGCCAAUCAGUCCAUCUGACCCUGGAUUGACUCUCCUCACUACUGUCGGACAGUCACACACAGUUGACAUGGAUGAGGAGUGUACAGUGGCUGUAAUCACAUCUUCAAAUAUCAGCAGCGUACCAGUAACAAAGGUGUACCGAAUCAGUCAUGCUGGCGGCCACGUGUCCUUACUGCAAUAUGGGACGCUGCUCGAGAGGCCCAUGUUAGACAAUAUAGACACUCAAUUCAACGGUAGUUGGGAUAGAGCAGGCGACGGCGAUGAGUGCAAUGAUGUGUCCUUACUUAUAAAAGAACGAUCUCUCAGCGGCAUAGAAGUGCCCCCGCCACAAAUAUUCUCCACCCGGCUAUCUUGCGGCAUGACGGCGUAUUGCACUUUGUGGCGCAGCGCCCUCUCGGGGCCCCGUCCCACUGUUCUGCACGUGUACGGGGGCCCCGAAGUGCAGACCGUCACUAAUAGCUAUAAGGGUAUCCGUCAACUGCGCAUGCACAUGCUUGCCGCGCGCGGUUUCUCCGUGGUGUCCGUGGAUUCGAGGGGCUCAAAGCACAGGGGCAGGGCCUGGGAGGCAGCGAUCAGGGGGAAGAUGGGGCAGGUCGAGUUGGAUGAUCAGGUAGAAGUCCUCCAGUGGCUGGCUAAGGAAGCUGGGUGCAUCGAUAUGGAGAGAGUGGCCAUACAUGGAUGGAGUUAUGGUGGUUACCUCUCGCUGCUGGGGCUGGCGACGCGGCCCCAUAUCUUCAAGGUGUGCGUGGCUGGAGCCCCGGUUACCAGUUGGCGUCUCUACGACACAGCGUACACCGAACGGUACAUGGGUUCACCGACGGAUAGACACAACGCGUACAGCCGCGCUAGCGUCAUUGCGCACGCGCCGUUCUUCCCGGAUCGUGAGGGUAGAUUGCUAAUUAUACACGGCUUGGCCGAUGAGAACGUCCAUUUCUGCCACACUGCUGCUCUUCUCUCGGAGCUGGUCCGUCUCGGGAAACCACACAGGGUACAGGUAUACCCCGGCGAACGCCACUCUCUCCGGGCGAUGCACGCCGCGAAACACUACGAGGCGACGCUGUUGCAUUUCUUACACGAGAACCUUUGA